AUGCUCGGUUCCAUCUUUCGACUUGAAAGUGUUCACUUUGACAAAGAACAGCAAAUCUGGGUGGCUGAUUUAGAUUUAUGCAACGAAGAUGACCAUGAUCUGAAACAAGUGUUUGACCAUAUGAAGAAAGAGAUGGGGAGUGAAACUACUCUCAUUUCACUUGGAAGUUUGUUCCGUGAGAUGGGUGAAUUGGACAAGGCCGAAAAGUAUUAUAAACGGUUGUUAAAUGAGCUCGCAGUGGAUGAUUCUGGGAUUGCUGAGUGUUACAUAGGACUCGGUAAUGUACAAGCUGACAAAGGUGAAUAUGAUUUAGCUUUGAUGAAUUAUGAAAAAGCAUUGAAAAUCUUCUUAAAAGCUCUUCCACCCGAUCAUCCUGAUAUCGCCACCACAUAUAACAAUAUCGCUAAUGUACAAGCUGACAAAGGUGAAUAUGAUUUAGCUUUGAUGAAUCAUGAAAAAGCAUUGAAAAUCAGAGUAAAAGCUCUUCCACCCGAUCACCCUCAUAUCGCCAACACACAUAACAAUAUCGCUAGUGUACACCGCAACAAAGGUGAAUAUGAUUUAGCUUUGAUGAAUUAUGAAAAAGCAUUGAAAAUCAGAGUAAAAGCUCUUCCACCUGAUCACCCGCAUAUCGCCAACACGUGCCGUAAUAUGGGACUCGUUCAUGAAGCAACUUGUACUUGGCAAUCAGCAUUAGAAUAUCAUAACAAAGCAGCAACAAUAUGGCGCAGAUCACUUGCAACAACGCAUCCACAGCUAGUAACAAUUGAGAACGACAUUCGAAGAGUGAAAGCCCAAUUAAAGUAG